AUGCCCGCCACAGCGCCCGUGUACUACGGGAAGUCACAGUUCUACCACAGCUGCACGGAGGAACUGGCGCUCUACGACAGCUCGGAGGAUGCCCACGAAGACUGGGGUGAUGGCGGUGCCGCAGAACCGGGUGGUGGUAAUGGUGGUGCCGAAGAUGGCAACGAGGUGGACCUUGGACUAACGACGCGCCCGCCUAUGGCGACCCAACCGACGACCACCGCAAUCGGCGCAACUUCGUCGGAGGUGUCGCCCGAGAUGGUGGCGCUGGCGAAGGUGAACCACCUGCGGCACGCUCUCGACAGCUACACCACCCGACUCCGGACCCGGACCGAGGACCGGCUGGACUUUGUCCCCCUGGCGGCCAGUGUGGUCGAUUACAUUGUGGCUCGGCGGGCCCAACUGAGGCCUCAGGAUGGUGGCCUCGGUCUCGGCGGUUGGGUCGACGGUUUGUCUUGCCCCAUCUGCGAAGGUGUCCUGCGGUACCCCGUGACGGCCACCUGCGGUCACACGUUCUGCCGCCAGUGUUGCUUCUGGCACAGCAGCUGCACGGUCUGCGGCCAGCGGUUCCCAUCCGUGGCCACCGAUCUGGCGACGAUCUGUACGCCAACAUCGACCGCUUCUUCUUCGUCGGCGGCGAUGGCCGUUAGUGAUACGCUGGAGGCAGCCAGCUACGGCCAGUUACUGAACGAUUCCUUGACAACGUCCCGGUACGCAGGCAGACGACCGCGCCGCAGCUCGGCGCCUGGCGCCCGGUUCGAGCAGGACAUCCUGAUCCGGCGGCUCGUCGAGCGCUGGUGGGCCCCGGAGCUGAAGGCGGCCGAUCUGCAGGAGGAAGCGCGCCGCCAUCUGGAGGCCAACUCGCUCGACGAGGCGCUCCGCUGCUGCAACCAAAGCCUCGAGCACGCGCCGAACAGUGCCAAGGGGCUCCAGCUACGGUCGGAGGUGCUUUUCCGCUUGCAGCACUACCAGAGCGCCCUGGCCGACGCCGACGGUGCCGCCCGAUGCCAUCCGCUGUCGCACAAGGCCUAUCACUGUCGAGCCCUCUCGUUGUCGGCGCUGCGAAAAACGGAGGACGCGAUCGUGGCCCGCUGUAUCUCAAUAUUCCUAGACCGCCAGUCGGUCGGUGUGAUAGACGACAUCCAAACAGAACUGAUACAAGAUCUUCAGCAACUCCUGGCAGAACCGGCGCGUCCUGCGAGUACAAAUGCCCUCCAGCCAGAGCGGCCCACCAACGGCAGCAUCCCGACGGAGGAGGACGAUAGCGAUCCGGAUCCGCUCGCCACGAUCUUUGACAGUUCCUACGACCUGAUCGCGGGUUGCCGCAAGCGACGCCACCGGGCGCUGAUCGCACCGCAGAAGCGGAAGGCGAAGAGGAAGCAGUUCGUCACCCUCCGGCAGGGUGACUUCGACGAGGACCAUUCCGACUACGGCGACGGCGAGGACUACCUGCGUCCGGGCCUGCUGUUCGACUACAUGGACGAUCCGUUCUGCGAGGAAACGGCUCUGCUCGAACCGACUCGUGUCAACCGGCAGCACCGGAGCCACCAUCGGAGGCGCAGGAAAUCGGGCGCCGCCUUGCUGCUCGGGCUCGAACAGGACCCGGGACACCUACGGGACCACCGCUACCAUCAGCAGCAACAGGAGCAGCUCACGACCAUUCCGAAGGCGGGCCAGAGGCUACGUUCGCUGUUGGAGCGCAUCGACGGCGAGCUGGAAGCGAUCCGAUGGUCCGACUCGACGCCCGUCCGGUUGCCGGUGAACCCGGCGCUGAUCGAAGCGUCGGACUUUGAUUGCGUCCUGUGCUGCCGGACCCUCUGGCGUCCGGUGGUGACCCCGUGCGGUCACACCUACUGUUGGGUUUGUCUCGAUCGCUGCAUGGACUAUUCCUCGUCCUGUCCACUGUGUAAGGCUCCGCUGGUGGAGCAGUUCCAGCAUCACGUGGCCAACAACGGCCAGCCGGGGGUUCCGGAGCGGGUGGCCCAGCCAGAUGGCGGCAGUUCGACGCCUCCGGCCAACUUGAUCUCACUGGCGAUGCGGAAAAUGACCGCGUUCGUCGAUCUCGCCAUGCGCCGCUUCAUCCCGGAGGCGUACGAGCGGCGCCAGCAGCAGGAACAGGACCGUGAACCGACCGUCCCGGUGUUCAUCUGCACCACCGCGUUCCCCUCGGUCCCGUGUCCGCUGUUCGUCCGCGAGCAGCGCUACCGGCUGAUGGUGCGCCGGGCGAUCGAGAGCGGCGAACGGCAGUUCGGAAUCGCCCUGCCGACGCAGACCAACCGCCAGCGGUACGAGGAGUACGGUACCAUGCUGGACAUCCGGGACUGUGUGCAGCUCGGCGACGGGUGCUCCAUCCUGUCCACCGUCGGUGGUCGCCGGUUUCGGGUGUUGGCGCGCCACGAAAAGGACGGCUACGAUACGGCCAGCGUGGAGUUCUUCGAAGACGAAAAAAUUGCCCCCGGGCCGGGGUCGGAUGGGUCGGAUGGGGCGGAGGGUGCCGACGAGCGGCUGCAGCUGGUGCGGGAACUGCACGAGAAGGUGCUCCUGAAGGCGAUCGACUGGCACCAGAGCCUGGCGGAGAGCACACGGUGGAAGAUCUUCCAGAGCUUCGGCAAGAUGCCGGACCUGGAGGAGAACUGGGAGGACGUGGCGGACGGGCCGGCGUGGGCUUGGUGGAUCAUCGCCAUCCUGCGCCUGAACGAUAAGAUCAAGGUCGGCCUCCUUUCGACGACGAGCCUCGAGAAGCGGCUGCGGGCCAUCGACAAGACGCUCAACCUGGAGAAGCGCGAUGGCGCGUGGGCCCAGCAGAAGCGCGGUGGCGUGAUGGCGGUGGCGGCCGCGGCCGCCGCCUCGUCCGCUGCGUGCUGUGAAGGACUAUCAUCUGCGCAACAGUGCCAAGUGAUUGACUGUUGUUGCGUACGAGAAAGAACUACCUCAAGCGUUCAUAAUCACCACGAUGCCGAGCAGCAGAGCGUGUCCAACCAACACCACCACCACCAGCACCUGCAUCACCACCUGAGCUCGGCGGCCGACGAGUACCUGCUGUAG